CCGAUAUUUUAUAUAAACAGGGAUUAAGGCUUGCAUGGAAGCCAUGGAACCUGUUGAUGAAGUUCAAUAUGAAAUCAAUACGGACAUACAUGGAAUCAGGAAUGGUCCUCAGUUAGGAAGGCUAAGUAUCCUUAACAAGAAAACGAAGCUUUUCAAUGGGUUCACAUUCUAUUUCAUGGGAGAAUUUAUGUCUUCAUAUGAAGGAUAUCUGCAAGAUCUAGUUGUUGCUGAUGGAGGAACAGUUCUACAAAGGAAACCCAUUUCAAGACCAGGGAGGAGUAUUAUCUGAGACUUCUAAAUCAACUACUUU